ACAGGAAACCACGUGGCGUAAUCACGCAGAGUGACGUCGCUACGCUGUGGUUGUUGUUAUUUAGCAGUUAUCCUGCUUAGUGUCCAGCCCAAAGAGAAAGAUGUUUUUGAAUUAGUUGGUUAAGCUUAACCGGACGGUGGGACUCCUCCAGCUUCAACGCCUGCCGCCCCAUGAGGCGUCCGGAUAAUUCAGCGACAUUUAACGGCGUAGAGUCCGCCAGCAGCUAGCUUAGCUCACCGGCUAGCCCCGGCUACUUAGCCGCUUAGCUGGCUCCCCCGGCGGACUUCGGGAUGGCAUCUUCCUUCAAGAUUCCCAAGAAGAAACAUCCUCAUGGCUCUGACUCCAGUCCCCUAGACAUGCAGUCACCUCUGUCCCGCCUCCAGACCUCCACCCCUCGACUAAAGUUUUACGGGAAUCAGUCUGGCAGAGGUGGAACUGACAGGAUGCAUUCUGGGAAUCCUGUGGGCACUUUGUCAGCCAGACAGAGGACACCGUGUAAGCAGCUCUUAGGAAACUUCAAGACACAGCAGGUACUCAAGAGCCCCAUCGGGGGCGGAGCUUCAGACGCCAAUCAAAGAGCAGCAGGCAGCUGGAGCUGCCAAUCACAAGCAGGACAGAGAGAAGUGACCUCAAGCUGUUUGUCAAACAGAUGGCGUCCUAAGAGAGCGUCUGACCGGCUGCUGCAGCCUGAGGUGGCUUUAGAGCACCUGUCUCCACCUCAGAAGAAGAAAGAGCUGUCAGCUUUGGUCAAUAAAAGGAUCUCAGUGGACUCUGUGGACUCUCUGGCUGAGUUCAGAGGUGACGAGCAUCUUGGGAGUUUGAGUUCUUCUACACUGGGAGACAAAAGGUGGAGGAGAGUUGAGUCUAAUGGAGACACUUCUGAGAAGAGCGACACAGGAACUCCUCCCAAAUCUCCUUUGAAACAACAGACAAAGAACUCUUCUAUCUCCAGAUUGAAUCAAACUUCACCCUCAGGCCCACAAAGGCCUGAGGGUCACGAUAAGACCAUCUCCAUGGUCUUAUCGUCGUCGUCGACGCCAGUAAGGAGGGUGCGACUUGCCUUCACCAGCAACCUGAAGGUCAACGACAGGGAGAAGGAGAGAGAGAGGUGGAGGCAGUUCAAAGAGAAGACUAAGAACAACAGGUCAGCUGUCCUCCACCUUCGACUGAGGACACCCAAACCGAAGCUGAGCCAACCAACUGAGCCGAUCGUGCUGUCCAGUGAGGAGGAGGAGGACUGUGAGGGAAACGGAGACGAAGCAAAGAGGACGUCACAUAGCAGCAACCAGGUCGAUGAAUCUCGUCAGGGAAACUCUGAGAAGGUGCAGGCUCCCAAACCAGUUCCUGUGACGCCACCGUCCUUCCUGCAGCUGGAGUUUGCCUCUCUUCACGCCGGCCUCACGGCUGCAGAUGCUAACGGGCCGAUUAUGAUCACUGAAAGCGGGAUCAUGAUCCCCAUGAAAGGGGUGGAGGAGUGUCAGGUCAGCGUGGUGGCGUCUCAGGUUCGGGGUUACGGCCUGUGGGACGGGGGCGUGGCCCGUGGUGGAACUCUGCUGGCUGGUUGGGAAGGCCCCGCCCCCUCGCUGCUCUUCCUGUGGGUGACGGAUGCUCAGGCCAACCUGCUGCAGAAGGAGCUGUCCUCCAUCCAGACCUCCUCUUCCUCCUCCUCGUCUUGCUGCUCGGGUCCUCCAUGCUGCUUCAUCCUCCUGCUAUUGAAGGAGCAGCUGCAGGAGCUCCAGGCCGCCCUGCUGGCCUCCAUCCUCGACAUGGAGGAGUACAAAGUCGCCACCCCCUCCUCCUCUGAAGGCCCGGCCUCCCCUCUGGACUGGGCCAACGGGCUGCUGCUCCUCCACAGCUGUCCUCCUCCUGUGGACCAGCACCUCCUCAGACUGCUGGGACACUCGACGAGGUCGAAUCAACUGAGCAGAGGUCAGAGAAACAAGUCCAGCCUAAACUCUGCUGGUCUUCCCACCAGGCUGAUCCAGUACCCCGUGGCCCCCUGCAAAGGCCGCAUCACCGUGACCAAGGAGGACCUGGCCUGUCUGGAUGCUGGCGAGUUCCUCAAUGAUGUCAUCAUAGACUUCUACCUCAAGUAUCUCCUCCUGGAGGGCGUUGGCGGCUCGGUGGCUGAGAGGAGUCACAUCUUCAGCAGCUUCUUUUACAAGCAGCUGAGCAGACGGCGAGCGGCCGGCGAGGGCACCGCCCCCUAUGUCCCGUACGAGCAAGAUGACCGUCAGACGCGGCACCAGCGGGUGAAGACGUGGACUCGCCACGUGGACAUUUUCACCAAAGACUUCCUGUUCGUGCCUGUCAAUCAAGAAGCUCACUGGUACCUGGUGGUGGUGUGUUUCCCAGGUCUGGAGGAGGCUCGGUACGAGGAGUUUCAGAGGCGAGCAGGGAAAUCCGGAGCUGUGGGAAAGCCAAACUCUAGUCUCGUGUCGCAGCAGCCACCAGAGUCCAGUGAGCAGGGCUGGAAGAAGGACAGAGUCUUAAAGAGGCCGUGCCUCCUGGUCAUGGACUCACUGAAACUGUCGUACCACGACAACGUCUGCAGACUCAUCAGAGAAACCCUGUGGUGCACUUUGACAUCCCGCUGCGGUUGGAGAGCUGGUUUCCGCGGCAGCGAGCGCGACAGAAGCGCGAUGAGAUCCGGAGUCUAAUCAUGAGUUUGCACCAGAGUCAGCUGAAGGAGGAGGAGCCAAAACCGUCGCCAAGCCGCUAACUCGUCACCGCCGCUGCUGCUGCUUCAUUGACUGCUUCCUGUUUCACUCAGUCAAACUAUGUCUGUGAAUGUACAUAAAUUUAUACUGACACUUCCUGGUUUUUAAAUAAAAGUAUUUAUUUAAAUUUUA